GUCAAUGCAAGUCUUCGUAUAUGAUGGAAAUGGAUUCCACCACUCCAUCGCUGCCUUCGCUCCUGCUUCUGCUCCAGUUGUUAUAAACAUCCACCACCGACGCACUUGCUAUCAAAUUCAUGGCCAACUUUACAUUUCCUCCUCAUUAUUUAUUGCCGGUCGGUUUUCGAUUCCGUCCCACGGAGGAGGAGCUCAUUACCCAUUACCUGAAGAACAAGAUUCUUGGCCAGGAAUCUCUUGUACAAUAUAUCCGUGAGAUCGAUCUCUACGAGUACGAUCCCUGGAAACUCCCCGAGCAAUCCAUUUUCCAGUCUGAUAAUUAUGAGUGGUUUUUCUUCCGAGACAACGCGUCAAAAACUAAAAGGACCACGCCUACUGGCAACUGGAAACCCACCGGUGAGGACCGCCCAAUCAUGGCUCGAGGAACCAACAAAGUGAUCGCAACUAGAAAAAUUUUAGUGUUCUAUAAAACCCAGGACCCCAAAGCUGUAAAGACCAACUGGGUGAUACACGAGUAUCACCUUCACUCAGAUACUAACAUCUCAUACCAGAGGCCAUUCGUCAUUUGUCGGUUGAAGGAAAAUGCAGAAAAGAGAGAUGUUUCAACUUGCGAUCAAGAUACACAAACCAGUACCGUCGAUUGUCAACUGAAAAAGAAAGGCACACAGAGACCAAUCCAGGAAUUGAAUGGAGGCGCUCAAGCAAGUGGGCAAUCGGUCCUUCAGCCCCCAUGGCAUUCUACCCGACAACUUGCAUUGGCAGAUUUUCCACCCGUCAAUGUAAAUAAGCAACCGAUACAGGCUCCAGCUUCUGAAGAUGAAGUUAGUCUUACAGAGUUAUUGAACUCGUUAUUGGACCCGGACGAACACUUUGAUGAUGCGACCUCAAAGAUGUCCAAGUCCCCAUGGUGUUCAGAACCAGAACCAGCUUUAAUGGACUUUCAACCUUCCAGUGACCAAUCAUUACACCCCGAAGAUUCUAAGACUGAACUUAAUUUCUCUGAGCUCUUGUUGAACUCGAUCUUGAUGGAGGAUGAAAACUGUGAUGAGGUAACAUUAAACAACCGCAUUGAUAGCUACAACGAAGAGGAAUUAGAUAGCAUGGUUUACGAACUUCAAGGCGGUAUAUGUAGCAGCGACACUGAUACUGAUACUAACUUUGGCUUCCCGGUCUUGCAGAACAAUCACAUUUCUCCGAGCUGGUUGCAUGAAUGUACGAGGUCAAUAAUUAAAAAAUCGCGUAGAAGCUCCCUCACGGUAAAGCAUUUUCAGUACAAAGAGGAAAAGGAUGAGUUGCGAGGCAAUUCUUCUGUCCUUUUUGGUGAAGGUAAAGCUCAAAACUAUGGUACUUCUAUUGACAGUGACAACCCUGAUCCUGGACCAACUUUCAAAGCCCAACGUCAACCAAAGUCCAGCAACGUUGUAGCCUAUGGAGGUGAACCAAAAAGAAUCCGGUUAAAGAAGGAAAUUCUUAGUAAGACAAUGCCCCAAGACAAGGCUAAAGAAGAUGAGAAACAUAUAGAAACUGUUGAUUCACCCCAGCUAUCAGUGACAUAUUCUAAUAGUGGGGUGAAGGGUGAUGCGGGCAACAAGGCAACCAAGAGUGGAGUGUCGUGUUGUGGAUCUAUUAAGAGUACAAGAAAUUGCUUUUCGUAUAUUCUAACUACAAAACGCAUUCACCACAAAUCGAGUCUCCCAGUAUUCUAUUUUGCUAAAGCAUUUCUAGGCAUCAUAAUAUUAAUAAUGUUUGCUCAAGAAGUGCUGCUACACAGACACAGCAGGUGCUAAAGAUCAGCGCCCAUUCGUUGCAGGGCAAUGCAGGUGAUUAAUUUAUGAUAAAAGCAUGUUUUCUUGUUCCUUUCUUGGGGUAUCUGCUGAAGCUGCGUGCUUUUUUCUUAUGUCACCAUUAAGAGAUAGAUAAGGUUCUGUAAAUACAUGCUUUAACAUUCUUAAAAAAGUGCAUGCUCUUUUUGGAUUGAUACUACCAGAUGUAAUGAAGAGUGAACACGUGAUGUGAUGUUAGAUGCAAUAAUCUUUUGGUUCUGUAAUAAAUCUAUCUGGGACAUCUACAUCUGCAGCUAUUCAGUUCAAUUCAAAAUUUUAUAAAAUCGUUGUGGUUUGAA